CUUCAAAAUGGCAGGGAAAGGAACAACGAUUAAAGAGGCUCUCCAAAAAUGGGAAGAGAAAAUGGGACAGAAAGCUUCAGAGUCCAAAGAAGUGAAAAUUUUUGGUCAGAUUCCUCCCAUUGAAAAAAUGGAUGCCUCUCUGUCCACACUGGCAAGUUGCGAGAAACUGUCAUUAUCUACAAACUGUAUUGAGAAGAUUGCAAACUUAAAUGGUUUGAAAAAUCUUAAAAUUUUAUCUCUUGGAAGAAACAACAUCAAAUCUCUCACAGGUCUGGAAGCUGUUGGUGACACACUGGAGGAACUCUGGAUUUCAUAUAACUUAAUUGAAAAGUUAAAAGGCAUCAACGUCCUUAAAAGAUUAAAGGUCCUAUAUAUGUCAAAUAACCAAGUCAAAGACAGCAAUGAGUUUGGCAAAUUGGCAGAUUUACCUGUGUUAGAAGAGUUAGUGUUUGUUGGGAAUCCCCUAGAGGAAAAAGAGUCUGGGGAGGGAACUUACAGAGACAACGUUGCCAAGAAACUCCCCAAAUUGAAAAAACUCGAUGGUAUACCUGUUAUUCGUGAAGAAGCCGACGAUGAAGGAGAUUCAUGAGAAACUGAAUUUCACUUGCGUACUCAUAAAAACAUUCCAGCUCAAAUUUGACGUCUACUGUGCUAUAGACUAAAUUGACUUGAUAAAGUGAAAAAAAUAUAUAAACUUUUUAAUUAUUAUUGUGCUGUUUUCUGAUUCCUUACAACUCAGUGACAUGCAAAUUAAGGAAAGGCUUUAACAAAGUAGAGAUCUAUAAAAUAAAGUGCCAAUGUGUAAAUUUAUUAUUUAUUUCAAUAUGUGUUGAAAAAUUCUGCAUUGAAAAUUUAAAAUGGGCUUGUUAUGUAAUAUGUUACUUCAUGUUCUUGACAUAAA